AUAGCGUGUUUGAGGUGGUCACGUGCCGUCGCCGUCGCUCAUCGUUCGCAACGUGCUUUUGUCGCGAGUUUGUUCGUGUUUCACGUGCCAAUUUGUUAUUGUGUUGUUUUCCGAGUGCGUCGCUGUUUUUUAAGUUUAGUCAUAGAAUUUGUUGAAAAUAACCUAAAAGUUAGUCUGUUAUUUUUUUAUCCACAUAAGAGCGCAUGUUUGACGGUGCGAGAGUUGUUUCUUAAUUGUUUAUGUUUGAACCACCGCGGCUACCGAAAUGAACAGCGGCCGCGUGGCCAAACGGCUGCUGGCCCUUGUGCUGGUACUCGGUACGGUGGCCACGUUAGGUCUUUACUACAAUGGAUCGCCUCUUAGUCGACUGGACGAAAGGCCAAGGGCGUCGGUCGAUUGGCCACCACCUCCUCAAGCCCAACGAGCCGAGUCUUUUGAACCAUCCGACGGCACUAACGCUCAUGGAGCGGCAAGACUCAAAAGCAGGUUCGGACAACUUCAGCAACUGUUGUCGGCCUCCGUAAACAGAGACACGUGCCCCGAAUUGGGAUACGCUGAGACUAACAUAGACACUGUCACGCAAUUCUCCAAGUUCGAAUUCCAGCCUUUUUGGAUGAAAAGUCGAGAAUUUUGGGACGAUGGUUUCGAACAAAGAUACAAACAAGUGCUCAAAGAAACUGCCAGUGGCUCUAGUUUUCCUUUAAAGGUUAUUGUUGUACCACAUUCUCACAAUGAUCCAGGAUGGCUAAAAACUUACGAGGGUUAUUAUCAUUCGCAGACCAGAAAUAUUCUAAACAAUAUGGUAGACAAAUUGGCUAUGUUCAAAAAUAUGACAUUUAUAUGGUCUGAAAUAUCGUUUUUAUCACAAUGGUGGGAAAGUGCACAUCCAAGUAAAAAAAAAGUUAUUCAGAGAUUGAUAGCAGAAGGACGAUUAGAAAUUACUACUGGUGGAUGGGUCAUGACAGACGAGGCAACUUCGCACAUUUAUGGAAUGCUUGACCAAAUGAUCGAAGGACAUCAAUGGGUGAAAAAUAAUUUAGGAGUUAAAGUCAAAACCGGGUGGUCCGUAGAUCCUUUCGGACAUGGACCUACAGUACCUUAUCUACUCAAAGAGUCUGAAGUGACCGGAGGUACUAUUAUUCAGCGUAUUCACUACGUAUGGAAAGAGUGGCUGGCACGUAACCAAAAUGGUCAUUUCUUUUGGAGACAAAAUUGGGAUAGAAGUGGUCACACUGACACAUUGGUACACAACUUGCCAUUUGAUAUAUACUCCAUAAAACAUUCUUGUGGACCUCAUCCUCAGGUGUGUUUGAAUUUUGAUUUUCGAAAAAUACCCGGUGAAUACACAGAGUACUCUUUAAGGGCUGUGCCAAUCGAUGAACAGAAUAAAAAACAAAAAGCAGACCUAUUAAUGGAACAGUACGGACGAACAGGUUCAGUGUCUCCUUUUAAUGUGGCAUUGAUCCCAUUAGGUGAUGACUUUCGGUAUGAACAGGAAAUGGAAUGGGACCAACAGUAUAGGAACUAUAAACGACUUUUUGACUUUAUAAAUGCUAAUAAAGAACGAUACCACAACGCUGAAGUUAAAUUUGGCACACCCUCAGAUUUUUUUAAAGUUCUCCGAGAACGUAGUGGUGAUCACUUUAGCACGUUACGUGGGGAUUUUUUUGUAUACAGUGAUAUUUUUUCAGAAGGUAGACCUGCUUAUUGGAGUGGCUAUUAUACUAGUCGGCCAUACUGGAAAGUGUUAGAUAGAGAGUUAGAGGCAAAUCUUAGAUCAUCAGAGAUAUUGUUCACACUGGCAGUGAAUGACGCUAGACGAAAACGCUUAAAUGACACUGUACGUCUGUUAGAGCGGGACUACGAAAAGUUGACAAAAGCUCGUCAAAAUCUGGCACUAUUUCAACAUCACGAUGCUAUUACUGGUACAUCUAAGGCAUUUGUAAUGAAUGAUUAUGCACUUAAGUUGUUUGAAGGUAUUCAAGAUUGUUCAUUCGUUCAGAGUUUUUCAGUUCAAAGUUUGCUGGUAAAAGACGAAGCAAGCGUAUCUCCUUCAGCUAAAAUUAUUAUACCCGAUAGUGAUAGACAAUCAUAUGAUAAACCUCCUUAUAGACUAGCUUUAAACUUAGAUAAAAAUAAGCCUAGGAGUGUUGUUGUAUUUAACUCGCAUGGUCGACGCAGAUACGAGCUAAUAAAGAUAUUGCUCUCCGAACCCUAUGUUCGCGUAGUAGACAGUGAAAAUGUCGCUCUUAAACAUCAAAUUAAUCCUAUUUGGAAUGUAACUAAAACUGAUGAACCAUUAUCAAUUUCUAAAGUAUGUUAUGAACUAUUGUUUUUUGCAACUCUUGAACCUCUAAGUCUCACAACAUUUACGGUGCAUAGGUCACUUAAUGCUGAAGGUUUAUCAUCAAUAUACUGUAAGAACUGUGCUGGUCAUUCUGCUUUUAUUGUGAAACCAAUGCGAUUAGGUGACAUUCAAUUAGAAAACGCACAUGUUCAAGCGUUGUUUGAUGGAAAGACUGGACUUCUUCGUAAAAUUGUAGAUAAGGACACGGGAACCUCACAAUAUAUAGAUAUUGACUUUGCUGCAUAUCAGUCAGCUCAAUUUCAUAGUGGUGCAUAUUUGUUUAUGCCCGAUCCGAACCUUAGAGAUACUGAAAGAAAAGUAUUAGAUGAUUAUCCUGGUCCACCAACUAUUAUUAUAACGUCGGGGCCCUUGUCAUCAGAAAUCACAGUUGUUUACAGUAUUCUAACACACACGGUUCGUUUAUACCACGUUAAAGGCAUUGAAAGUCGUGGAUUAAACGUUGAAAAUGUUGUUGAUUUUGACUUGCCACCAAAAAAUCGAGAGACUGAAUUGUUUAUGAGAUUGUCGACAGGUAUUUCAAAUGGUGAACCACCAGUUAUCUAUACUGACUCUAACGGUUUUCAAAUGCAAAAACGGAUCACUGUUAAACGAAUUGGUGUCGAGGGUAACUAUUAUCCAGCCACAUCAGCAACUUACAUCGAAGAUAACCGGCAUAGACUAACUGUUUUAUUAAAUCACGCACAAGGUGUCUCUGGCUGGGAACCUGGUCGAAUAGAACUCAUGUUAGAUAGGCGAACAUUAUAUGAUGACUCUCGUGGUCUUGGCGAGGGAGUAGUGGACAAUAAACGUACGCUGACUAAAUAUUGGCUGUUACUGGAAACUUUGUCAGAAGAUGGGAAUGUAUACAAAAAUCAUGUAACUAAUCCAAGCUUAACAGCUAACCUCUUGUCAGAGUCUUUGUUAUAUCCAGCUAAUGUGUUCGUAGUGGAACCUGAAGCAAAACAUAUGCUACGACCAAAAACAUUAGCUCUAAAUAAGCCUCUUCCAUGUGAUGUACAUCUAAUGAAUCUCCGUACUAUGUCCGAUCCUAUAUUUCAACAAUUUCCAUCCCAAUCAGCAUUAAUGAUUAUUCACAGAAAGGGUUAUGACUGUCGGAUGAAUCGUGGUGUACGAUUUUCAGACUGUUCUUUACGUCAAGACAAAGGAGCAUUUGAUGAGAAUACUCUUUUUACUGAGCAUACAAUAAAGCUGUCCCGAACUUCCUUAACUGGAAUUCAUGAACUAGGUACUAUCGACCAAUUGGAUCAAGUAGAAGUUGCUUCCAUGGAACUUAUCGCAAUCAACAUUACUUUUAUUGUUUAGUUAUAUUUGAGAUAAUAAUUUAAAAUAAGAACGCAUCUAAAGUAAACACAUUUUUACUUUAAAUUUUGGAUAUAACGACUGAUUAGACGUUGAUGAACCAAUUUUGUAAAUAUUGAUGUAAAAUAAUGUAUAUAACCUAUUCCUGAACUGUUGUUAAAUUUAUUAUUUGGUCAAAAGCUAUAAAUAAGCUACUUGAUCAAAAUACGUAAACUUAUAAUCAAAGAAAAAACUGUUAUUAUUUUUUUACAUAUUGUAUAUAAGUAAUUUUUAAUUAAUAACUACAAUAAAUUAUAUGACACUAUGUAUUAAAUCUCUGUUAUCAAUGUUAAUUAUAUAAUUUUUUUUUAUAAUUUGUUCAAACUUUUUACUUCUAGUCGAUUUUUUAUGAAUAAUUUUCAAACUCAAGGGAUUUAAAUUUUAAAAAAAUAUUAUAAUUGAUCAUCUGCAUGCCCGUAUCCUAAUUACUUUUUUAAUUUUCUAAUUUUAUUUUACAUAUUAUCAACAAGUUGAAAUAUCCAACAACACAAUAUGAAUUGUAAAAUAAUUCAUUAUGUUAUAUAAUAUCCUUAUAAACUGAAAACUUAAGGUAUUUUUAUCUUGUUGUUAUUAACUUAACUUACAGCAAUUUUACAAGCUUUUAACAAAUUAUUGAAUACUAGUAAUAACAUACAAAAAGUUUUUAAUAGAUUCAUGAUUGAAAAUUUUAGCGGUUGAGUUCAUUAAUUACCUAACCUCCUUUAUAUACUUUCCUUUUAAGUUAAAAUUGGUUAUAAGUAAAAUUUCAAAUUUUAAUAAUAAAAACUAAUUUUUAAUUCAAUAAAUAGCACUGUUAAAUUAAUUUUUUUGUUUUACGGCAGCAGAAUGAUAUUGUUUCAGGAUAAUUUUAAGCAUACUAUUUUUUGUGUUUUAAAAUAAUUUAAUGUAAUAUUGUUAAUUUAUUUUUAGGACUUAGAAUUUGUGAUAAUAUUAAUAAAUAAUGUAUGGAACGAUUGCUAGGGAAAAUAUACUAAUUGAUACUU